GAUAGAUGGGCAUUGAGAUUGCUGUGUUUCUAGUUAAUGUGAAACUGACCAUUCCUCUCUCAAUCCACAGUCGCUCGGUGCUACAGGAAGUUCUCGACACUGAUCUUAGCAAUGAGGCUUUCCCCUUCUCGACACACCAGGUUGUGAAGGCAGCUGGACACACAGUUCGGGCUAUGAGGCUGUCAUUUGUUGGUGAGCUAGGCUGGGAGUUGCAUGUGCCAAGGGAAUCCUGUGUCGCUGUUCAUCGUGCUGUGAUGCAGUCUGGGGCAAAAUUUGGAAUCGCCAAUGCUGGUUACAGAGCCAUUGAUUCACUGAGUAUUGAGAAAGGUUACAGACACUGGCAUGCUGACCUUCGAUCUGAUGACACGCCACUUGAAGCAGGGUUGGCUUUCACUUGCAAACUAAAAUCAAACAUCCCUUUUCAAGGCCGGGAAGUGCUGGAGAAGCAGAAAGCUGAGGGCCUGUUUAAACGCUUACUGUGUUUCACCAUUGAUGAGAACGUCCCCAUGUUUGGUCUGGAAGUUAUUUGGAGGAACGGGAAAAUAGUUGGACACAUUCGGAGGGCAGAUUUUGCAUUUACACUCAACAAGACCAUCGCAUACGGCUAUGUCAGGGAUCCUGAUGGCGGAGUCGUAACACCAGACUUUGUGAAGAGUGGGGAAUACUUGCUGGAGAGAAUGGGCAUCUGCUACCCAGCAAAGGUCCACCUCAAAUCACCCUUCGAUCCAAACAACAAGCGAGUUAAAGGGAUUUAUUCGUGAGGACCUAGUCUGCCUGUGAUCUCCACGCUCCGAAAGCGGGAAGUAUCUGACCAGGAAUUUUCUGUAAUUGUCUUUGGAAGAUCAGUUUCUGGAAGCCAGAAGUUUUUGAAGUUUCUGAACUGGGUAUUACAACCUGACUGAGAAAGAGACCUUUUAAUAUUUUAUUGGAUUAGAAUAAUUCUUCAGUCUUUAUAAUUAUUUUCAAUCAAGUUUUAACAAAUUAAACUUUACAUCAUUGCCAAAAAAAA